CAAGCGGAGCAGUAGGCUCCUUAGCCACCCCCGUCCCGAUACCCGGGUCAUAUUUUAAGAGGUGAUAUCAUCAAAACUUAGGGCGAUUAAAUGUUAGGGUGGAAGUCUCCGUGACGUUUCACUUAUUAGUUUGCUCUUACCACCUCUCUGUUUUCGAAAAAGUGACGUGCUCCCCACGCGCGACAAUGGAGGUGCCAGAAUUUUUCCCACCUCCUAAAAACUUAACCGCGGCUGUCGUGCACCCGCUAUGCGAAGAAUGGAAGGGGGGAUCCGAGGUUGCCAUCUUCCACCUCACCAGUAUCUUCCUUGUUUUGGGGUUCAUGGGAGGGAGCGGGUUCUAUGGGCUCCUCUACUUGUUUACCUUUCUGACGCUCGGUUUCUUCUGCACAACCAUUUGGUCAUGGUCGGACGCGUGCACCACUGACACCUUUUUGUGGAAUUUCGCUCUCUUUGGGGUAUGUGCAGUUCAAGUUGUGCUUGUCGCCUACCGACUGAGGAACGUUACUUUCGAAAAGGAGUUUCAAGAUCUGUACAGCUACCUGUUCAAAAAGCUGGGGGUGUCGCUCACCCACUUCGGCAAGAUAGUCGCCUGUUGUGAAGGGGACAUCCACACUAUAGAGAAAGACCACUGUUUUGCCAUGGAGGGCAAGACUGCAAUUGAUAAGCUGUCCGUUCUUCUGUCCGGCAGAAUUCGUGUGACAGUAAAUGGAGAGUUUUUACAUGACAUAUAUCCUUUCCAGUUUCUCGAUUCACCUGAAUGGGACUCUCUCCGGCCGUCAGAGGAGGGACUUUUCCAGGUGACCCUGCGUGCAGAUAAUUGCUGUAGGUACGUUUCUUGGAGACGUAAGAAACUGUACCUACUCUUCGCCAAACACCGCUACAUCGCCAAGGUCUUUGCGCUCGUGGUGCGGAAUGACAUCGCGGACAAGCUGUACUCCCUCAACGACAAGGCGUUCGACAGCCGCGGGUUCCGAUAUGAUCUCCGGUUACCCACCUACUGUCACGUGCCCCCGUUGCCUGAAUUAGACCGGACAGAUGCGUUCCUACGAGUCCCAGCGCAAUAUGACCAUGGACACCGUGCCCGUGUCCCUAUAACUAUAACAGCACCGAAAGAGACUGUCUCGUGACUGGAACGGAACUCUUUAAUGUUUGUUUUUCAUUAAUGGAUGUUGUUUUUGUCUGUUUGUUAUCCUCAAGUGCUUAGGCUAUAGAUAGGGCAUAAGCUAUGUAAUUUACGCAUCAGCAUAGAAUACAUUGUAGCACAUCAAGUAACCCUCCACUUGGUUUACCAUACAUAAUGCAAUAGGCGCGCGUAUGUGUGUGUAUGUGUGUGUGUGAGAGAGAGAGAGAUUUUCUCUGCAUCAAAAUACCAGCGAAAUGUUACCCCUGAUUUCUGCUUAUGUUUUAUAGUGCACUUUACUAUCUGUCUGUCUUAAAUUGAGACUGUAUUCAAUUUCCUUACUGAGUUUUUUUGGUCGAUAUUUGUGUUUAAUCGUAAUUAAUUAUUAACAAUGCAAUGUAACCCUAUACGUUUUGUAUCUCGAAUAACUUUCAUGAAGCCUACAACAUUUUCCUCCGGGAGCGUGAAUUUCUGUCGAGCAGCCAACAGGUGAGUGUCAAUCACUUUCUCGCGCUGACCAUGGCGCUGACCUUGGUGCUGAUCUCAUUAAUACCUGCUCUUGUCAACCUCAUCACUCAGCUCAUGUCACCUCUGGAGGGGGAAGGGGCACUGUUCAAUUAGGUUGACCAACAUCUCGAAACACAUAACACGGUUCACUCGACGGGCUUCAUAAUAUUAUUUUCUCGGAGUUGCUGGCUGCUAGGCUAUAUUUUCAGUUAAAGGGACGUUUUACCUCCCCCUGUUGGCGUGCCCGGACUAUGCUGGUGCGCAGCGGCGGGGUAGUGUUGACUGCUGUCCCCUCGCCUUGCCCAUUUUAGUCAAUGCCUGUCAGUUCACUGGAAUGCGCGACUCACAUUGUGCAGUCCCCCAGCUCGCGAGGACAUACAUUUAUAGCUCCUCAUUACGUGUCCAUUGUUUUCUAUUCAUUAUCCUCUCCAGCGACGCCUUUGAUCGAUUGUUGUCAGAUUGGUAAGUUACAUCUCCAAUUUUCUGUUAUCUUACUCUGACUGAGUGGUGAAAGGAAAGUUACCGCUAUUUCUUAAGACGUCUGCCGGUGCGUCCCGUUAAUUUUCUACAAGCAGAGAAUUGUAGCCGACUCAUUUCGCACUUUUUCCAUUUCCAUUUCACAAUCUAUAUCAAAUAUUGUCGCGCGUUAUUCGGGAGAUCCGCUCAAAACCCAGUUGAGGUUGAUAUUUUCCCUUAAAGUGAAACCUUUCAAUAUCACUCCAGUGCUGUAUGAUCGGUGUGGUGAAUUCCCAGGCUAUUUACAGUAUUACAUAUGUUAGUUGAUGAAUCAAGUAUUAUGUUGACAGUGUCAGUAGGCCUAUAAGCAUCUAAAAAGUUAUUCUAAUGCAUAAGUACAUCAAAGAAAACAUUUUGAAAUACAGUAAUCUGUUAUGAAAAUCUGUUGAAACCUGAGGAUAUUGAGAUUGUGACAAACUGAUGUACACUAUGAGAACGGCAGCAGUGUGAAUUGAAAUUUCAACUGCAAAAAUCUGCUGAUUCUACCAUCAACACUGUAACACUUAACUUGAAAGGUACCAACAUAAUAAUACAUUCAUAACCUCUACAUACCCCAUUCAUAAGCAGUACAUAAACAACCACAACACCCUCCCCACCUCUUUCUAGGUGAGGAUCAGGAUGUCUUCCUCUCCAGAGAUGACCAGUAGCCUGUUCUACACCACCCUGGCCCCCCUGCGGUCGGCAGUCCCUGGGUCUGUACCCGGGGCUGGAGGUGGAGGUCUGGUGAUGACCACCAUGGAGCCCAACAUAACCUCCUGUGAGGAGUGGGAGGAGGCCCACCACUUGCUCUUCCACCUGGGUAACCUGUCUCUCCUCCUGGGCCUGGUCAUCCCCACCACCCUGACCCUGCACAUGAUCCUGCUGCGCCUCAUGCUGAUGACAGGAAGCUGUCUGUUCAUCACCUGGGCAACGCUGUACCGGUGUAACCUGGAUGUUAUGGUGUGGAACGUGGUCUUCCUGCUGGUCAACUUCAUGCACUUCUUCUACCUGGUCUACAAACGCAGACCUAUUAAGAUUGACAGGGAGCUGAAGUCAGUGUACAAGCGGAUGUUUGAGCCCCUUCAUGUGCGCGAGGCCCUGUUCCAGAGACUGACGGGCCAAUUCUGCACCAUCCAGAGCCUGAAGAAGGGACAGGUGUAUGCUGCCGAGGACAAGACCUCCGUGGAUGAGCGCCUCAGUAUCCUCCUUAAAGGAAAAAUGAAGGUGUCAUAUCGAGGUCAUUUCCUCCAUAACAUCUACACCAACGCCUUCAUCGACUCCCCUGAGUUCAGAUCAACCCAGAUGAACAGAGGAGAAAAAUUCCAGGUGACCAUCAUGGCGGAGGAGAAUUGUAAAUUCCUGUGUUGGUCCAGAGAGAGGCUCACCUACUUCCUGGAGUCUGACUCCUUCCUAAACGAGGUGUUCAGGUACCUCAUUGGCAAAGACAUCACCAACAAGCUGUACUCGCUCAACGACCCCACUCUCAGUGACAAGGCAGCGAAGAAGAUGGAGCGUCAGCCCAGCCUGUGCUCCCAGGUCUCUAUGAUGCAGAUGAGGAACAGCAUGGGCAGCACCAGUGACACCGAUGACAUCCUGAACCAGAUCCACCGUGGAGGCUCCAGUGGCUCUUCACAUCAAAAAUCUCCUGCCUCCAAGACAUCCAAAACGAUGAAGCCCAUUGAAGAAAAAAUAGAAGACGACGUCUUUAUUGAGUCUGAGCCAGACUCUCCUGUUAAGAAACGCCACACCCCCACGACAGCCAUAGAGGUGUAAGGAGAUGUGACAUUAUCCUACAACAACACCACUGACCACCCACCUAUCCUGUAAUCUGAUACAGGCCCUGGUUAGUUAUGGUAGAAUAACUUAAACAAUAGCUUGAAAAAGGCUUUUACAUGAUCAAAAUAUCUAUCUACAUAUAGCUGGAAAACCGAACUGUAGAUUUUGGCAUCUCACGUUGUCUUGUAGUGUUUGGUAUUAUUGUGAGUUUGUAGCUGUUGUACUUUUUAAAAUCCUGUUUGAUUGGAUGUUGUACAAUGCCUUUGCUUAGCUCUUAUACUCAGUGAGUGUUCCAAAAGUAUUACGUGUCACAACCACAACAUUUUAGUGUAAGCACAACCUCUGAGGAAGGUUUCUUUUAAACCUUUUACUCAUUGUGUGUCAUAUUGUGUGAUUAAUUAUCUUAUUUAUGCACUGAGCUUCUGCAGUGUUGUGCUUCGAUGAAUGCAGAUUUAACAUGUUAAACCUCCUGGUCAAUGCUAACCAUUUGAGGCUGUUGUGCUGUUUUUUUCCCACAGUGUACAAGUUUGGGAUCACUUUUUUAUGCCAUGAUAGUUACCUUAUAUUAAUUACUCAGAGGGAACACUUGAAAAAUAAAUAAACAGAAAUGAUGGAUAGCUCGUAGACCUCUGCUUUUUAUCCUAUAGCGCCCUCUAGGAGCUAUCAUGAGUACUAACGGUUUAUUUUCUCAGUCUGAACUACUCUCACUGUUUAAAUCAGGUCAAUGUUCAAACUCAUUCCAUGGAGGGCAUGUUUUGGUUUUCCUUCCAACUAAGACCCAGACAACCAAGUGAGGGGAGUUCUUUACUAAUUAGUGACCUUAAUUCAUCAAUCAAGUACGAGGAGCCAAACAGAAACGCGGCCCUCUGUGGAAUGAGUCACAUCCCUGAAAGAUCAACCAGACCAAAAGAAGAGGUUAGCAACAGGCUUUAUUAUUUCAGUCAAAUAAACCUUUUGAAUAUCUCAGACAAACCAUGAUUGAUGUAACAAAAAAAAUGGCUUUGAAUACAAUGAAUGAAUUGAAUACAAUGAAUGAAUUGAAUACAAUGAAUGAAUUGAACAGGCCAACAGGAAAACAAUAAAACAGAUACCAGUGCUCUU